CUGUGGAGAAGGUGAACGUAACCUGUUGCUCGGGAUCAUUUGAACCCGAGGUCGUUGCAGAAGGUAUGCUAGUAUGAGUGACCCUGUGAGUAAUAAUGAAUCUCACAUCAGACUCCUAUGUGAUAAAGAGAACGGUAAUGAAUCUGCUGUGGAAAUCGAGUUACAAACUCCAUCAGAAGCGGCGGUGGGUGAGGAGGAGCAGGAUGCUACCGGCGGCGGCUGUCGCCAGCUCUGUGCGCGGACCUGCUGCUGGAGAACACGCGAGGAUGAUGAUAUGAUGAUGGUGAUGAUGAAGAGCAAGACACAGUUCACAGAGGGCCCGUGAGGAUUUUUCAAAACCGUUUGGCAUUUGUCGAAUGUCACGGCCUGAUCGAGCCUGUUCUCAGCCACAGAAAAGACCUCGUGUCCCGGGCUGGGUCUCCUGUACACUUUGUUAGCAUCAGUCUUUUUCUCUAUUGCUGCUCUUCUCGUCAAGCAGAUCGAGGACAUGCACGCCAUCCAGAUCAGUGCCAUUCGAUGCUUCUUCCAGAUGUUGUUUGUGUUGCCAGCUAUGAUUUAUUACAAAACUGGCUUUUUGGGCCCGAGCGAUAUGAGGAUCUACCUGUUCUUCAGAGGCUUCCUCGGAUCCAACGCCAUGAUCUUGUUGUAUUACGCAGUUCUGCAGAUGCCACUGGCUGAUGCUACGGUUAUAAUGUUUAGCAAUCCAGUCUUCACAGCCCUGCUGGCCUGGAUUUUCCUUAAAGAGAGGUGCACGAUAUGGGAUGUGUUUUUUACCGCGUUUACCCUGACUGGCGUGAUACUGAUAGCAAGACCCCCAUUCCUAUUUGGCGACAGGAUAUCCGGGAUCGAAGGAGACUACACCGAUCACGUCAAAGGCACGGUCGCUGCGUUCGCGGGGGCCAUCGGAGCGGCCUGCACAAUGGUGAUUUUAAGAAAAAUGGGGAAAAGCGUUCAUUACUACCUCUCUGUGUGGUACUACGCUGUUUUGGGUCUCAUCGAGUGCAUCGUCGUCCUGCUCGUCAUGGGUGAAUGGAAGAUGCCGGGGUGCGGCUGGGACAGGUGGACCCUCAUGGCCAUCGGGCUGCUCGGAAUAGCUGGUCAGACGUUCCUCACCAAAGCCCUGCAGAUCGAGAAAGCGGGCCCGGUCGCUCUGAUGAGGACGAUGGAUGUGGUGUUGGCCUUCAUUCUCCAGUUCCUCUUCCUCCAUCGCACACCCACGUGGUGGAGUUUGGGCGGGGCUUUAUGUGUGACGGGCAGCACCAGCGGUGUAGCCGUGAGAAAGUGGUACACCAGCACCAGACGACAGAGCUGAUGCUCACAGAUAACUGCUCUGUUUUAGUCCAAAGAAUCAUUUAUAGCAUUUUGUAGUGUCUUAGAAUAGACAUUCGUACUCUAAAUGAGUAUAGUUUUAGUUAAGACUCGUGAGAUAACACUAUUUGACUAAGAGGUUUUUGUACACAAACCUCCGGUUUCACAGACAAGGCUUAAGGCUAGUCCUAAACUAUAACACAUGUUUGAACUGUCUCAACUGAAAAUAACUUGCACUGACAGAUCUUAAAAUAUCCCAGUGGGAUUUAUUUGUCUCAAGAUACACUAGUAAUGUCUUUUUAUAAGGCAUGUUUAUAAAUGAUGCUUAAAGGGGUCAUAGUUUGAAAUCUGACUUUUUCCAUGUUUAAGUGCUAUAAUUGGGUCUCAGUGCUUCUAUCAACCUAGAAAAUGUGAUAAAGAUCAACCUAGUAACUUUGUUUUGGUAAACCAUUCUCUGCAAGCAUCAGCUCAUUUGCAUUUUAAGCGACUCACCCAAAACUGCACAUUUUGCGCAUACCUAAAGUGUCAAUUUUAACAUGUUAUAAUAAACUAUCUGUGUGGUAUUUUGAGCUAAAACUUUACAUUCGCACUCUGGGGACACCAAAGAUUUAUUUUACAUCUUAUUACGUCUCAUAAUAUGUCCCCUUUAAACAUCUUACCGUAUUUUCCGGACUAUAAGCCGCACCGUAAUAUAAGCUGCAUCAUUAAAAAAUGCGUCAUUAAGACGAAAUAACAUGUAUAAGUCACAGUGGACUAUACGUUGCGUUUAUUUCAAAACUUAUUUCACAAAAUCCACGCCGAAGAACAGACAUUUCAUUUGGAAAGGCGAGUUAUUCAACUAAACAAUAGCAGACAGAACAGCAGGCUGAAUAGAUUUCUGUACGUUAAAGUAAUAUUAUCAGUUAUUUAAACGAUAAACUAUUGCAAACAGAACUUACCUGGAAGGUUGAAAAGGCUAAAUAAACCGAACAAGCCAACUAGCGUGAAGUUCGCAUACUCGUCAUUCCGCAUCACUGAAUUCGUUAAAUUACAUAAAUACAGAAGCAGCAUAUUGCUGAAUCUCGCGGCUGUAGACGGUAAUGAUGUCUCUUGCCUCAUAAAUGUCAAAAUGAAUUCAUACUGACAAGUUAUGAAAAAAACCGCGGCUUAUAGUCCGAAAAAUAUGUUAAUUUAACUAAGGCCUUGUCCUGGCUUUAGCUAAGCCUUGUCUGUGAAACCAGGCCUAUACGUUUUACUAAACUGCUGGACAGGACAUUAAUAUUUAAAGAGUGUGGAAAUGAAGUUACUAAAGAAUUUCUUUAAACAAACACAACUUUGCACUUUGAUAAUGUACUGUAGCUUUAAAAGCAAGACAAUAAUUUUUAUAAAUUAGUAUAAAUCGAGCAAUAUUUUUUCUGAGUAUUUUUUGUUACUUCUGGUAAAAUGUUACACUUUUUGCUUUAAAUAUAAUAUGCAUCGGUUCAUAUGUUGUGAUAUUUGUCCCUGUGUACCUUAGACACACAGUUUUACUGCACUAAAUAUUUGCCCGAGAGAAUGAGUCGAUCUAAUUUAUUUAUUUAUGGAACAUAUGUCUGACAACAGAAAGGAUUUAUUAAGUUUAAUGACUGAACUGCUGUGAUUUAAACUUACUGUGGUUAGUGAACUGAAUCUGAAUUGCAUUUUUUUCCCUUUGCAUUUCUUUCAUUCGAUGAUAUGUUACAAGUUUCUGUAAAGUGAACUCGGAGAGCUUCACGCUGACUCAUAUUUAUUAGGUUAAAUAAAUGAGUCACAGUUUAGGAACUACAGAUUAUUUCGAUUGGCACCACCUGCUAUGACAUGUGAUUUGAAGUCAUAGAGGGAGUUAAUGAUGGAUUAAAGUUGCAUUCUUGCUGUUUUCUUUUUUUCUCUCA